CUCUGCUCUCGUUGAAACGCCCCGUUUUGAGGGUUUGAAAGACGAGGGGUAGUGGAAGCAGACCUCUCCAUCUCGACCGUGCCGGCGGAUAUACAGAAUCAUUGUUCAUCUCAAUUCACAGAGUUCCAUACUAUUUGCAUCCAGGACUAUUAUUGGUAGCAAAUGUAAGAGACUAUUAAGAGGAGAACAGAAUGGUGACCAAAAUAUUCCUACAAAACCUAAAUUAUUGGGAACCCAGAGUGUACUCUCCACUGCCCUUUCUUUAUCAUGUUCGAAGCUUCUCUCUGUGGUCAAUGAAGAAGGACACAGAUCUUGAAUCAUCUCUCAGUCGAAACCGUCGUUGGAUUGUCAAUAAUCAGAUCAAGAAUAUAAUCCUUCGAUGCCCUGAACAAGUAGCAGCAGUUAAGUUUCUCCAGAAAAAGUUCAAAACUCUCGAUCUUCAAGGCAAAGCUCUCAAUUGGCUGAAAAAAUACCCCUGCUGCUUCAAUGUCUAUCUUGAAGGUGAUGAGUACUAUUGUCAACUCACAAAGCGAAUGAUGUCUUUGGUAGAGGAGGAAGAAUCUGUGAAGGAUAUGCAGGAACCAGUGCUUGUGGAGCGAUUAACAAAGUUGUUGAUGAUGAGCGUAAAUCAUAGGCUCAAUGUCAUGAAACUUAAUGAGUUAAAGCGAAGUUUUGGAUUUUCAGAUGAUUAUUUGAUUAGAAUUGUGCCAAAGCACCCAGAAAUGUUUCGAAUUGUUAAUUACAGUGGGAGACGGAGUGCAAUGGAGAUUGAACUCUUAUCCUGGAAUCCUGAUUUAGGCAUUUCUGCAAUUGAAAGCUUAGCUCACAGCCAGGGUUCUGAUCCACGGUUUUCAUGUACACUGCCUUCAACUUGGGUGAAAUCAUGGGAGAGAUUUUGUGAAUUUAAUGCAACUCCAUAUAUUUCACCUUAUUUGGAUGCCUGUCAUUUAGUGGAAGGAUCGAAGGAGAUGGAGAAGAGGAUUGUGGGUUUGGUGCAUGAGUUGCUGUCAUUAACCUUGUGGAAGAAAUUGUCGAUUGUGAAGCUAGGUCAUUUUAGAAGAGAGUUUGGUUUACCAGAGAAAUUGAAUGUUUUGCUACUCAAACAUCCUGGAAUAUUUUAUGUUUCAAAUAGGUACCAGAUUUACACAGUUCUUCUUAGAGAAGGAUAUAAUGGGUCAGAACUGAUUGAUAAGGAUCCACUUGUUGUUGUGAAGGAGAAAUUUGGUGAAUUGAUGCAGGAGGGGCUACAUGAAUAUAAUCGGAGGCACCAUUUAAUGAAUUUAGAAAAGAAGAAGAAAGGCAUGGUAUUGGAAAGUUCACCAAAAAUGAGGGACAAAAGCUCUGAAAUGUCUGAACAAGAUGAUCAUGAGAGUAAUCUAGGAGGUUUAUUGGACCCUGAAGAAAGAAAGCGGUUUUAUAAAGUUCUGUUUGAUGAUGCUGCCUCCUAAGAUUUAAUGAAGAUGGGUGAUUGAACAACAAGAGCACUCUAUGCAAUGAGUUUGCUACCUAUCAGAAGUUCAGAACUCAAUGUUGAUUGUUGUGUUUGAAAGGUUCUACUUCUACCAGACGCUGGUCAAAAUCAAACAGAGGCAAGAUAUCAGAGAACUUCAGAAAUAUAGGUGAGAGGCCAAACGGAGUUUAUCUUGCAAAUCCCUGUUGAACUCAAUCCCCUUACCUGUGCCUCUAAACUGCUUAGGGGGCCUAUGGAGAAAUUCCUGCAUGGUGUCACCAAAAGUUUUGAUAAUUCAAGUGAGAUCACUGUGUGCAGUCUCCAAUGGAAAUGAACCUGUGACCAGCGAGCUGCCAUAUUGAUUUGAACAUGUCCUUUUUAGUGUACAUUUUCUCCCUUCAUAAACCCAUAUUAGACAUGUUUUUUCGCCCUUAAUAAACCUACAUCAAUCACCCUAGAAGUUUA